GGAGCGCUUUGAGAGCUGCACGGCGGGAAUCUCAGUUUUGGCGUCGAGGGCAGGGAAGGCGAAGAAGCUCGUCGGGCGAUGCCUGCUAAGAAAUCUCUGAAGUUGGAAAGCCUUGCCAUGGGAAAAGUGUCUGCAACACCAUUGCCGAGGAGUAAGAUGAAUCUCAAGUCUUAUUCACCAACAACAGGAACGUGCCCAAUCAGUCUUUUUUCAACUCCCAGGAGCAAUAAUGUACAAGAGCAUGGAAAUGGUCUAUCAAAUGGAAACAGAGAGAAACCCAGUAACUUGCUAAUCAGAUCACCCAGAAGGGGGCAUCCUGAAAUGGAAGACUAUGAAAAACUAUUAAUACUGCAGACUGAAGUUGAAGAUUCUCUGGGCAGAUUUAUGAAAAUCAGACAAAACCUAACCAAUUUACAGGCUUUAGAGGGCACCAGAGAGCUUGAAAAUAUUAUCGGUGUUUCAGAGACCCCUGGUAACUUGAAAGACGAAGUGAGCAAAACCAGAAAGCUAAUAAAGCAAGCUGGAAAGCUGCUAAGAAGGACCAAUGCAAGACAGCCUGCCCAAGAUGGAAUGUCACAUUAUCAUCACAUGACUAUCUCCAACCUGCCAACAGCUUUGAGUACCUUAAGUCCCUCAUCAACUGAGGCCGAAUCUGAGGAAUAUAUUCUGCUUGGCUGCAAGAUUCUACAACUGCCUGAUCCUACUUAAAAGGUUGAAAAGAAACGCCUGUAAAUCUAUCUCCCCAGCAAAUACCAGCUAAGGAUUGCUCAGUGCACUAGGCAGGUGCACAUCUAGAUACAGUUUCUUGCGUCUAAUUUAAACUUUACAAUCUGCACAACCAGAUAAUCUCAAUGUAAAUAAUACACUUCUCCAUAGCUCUUUUAUGCAAAUGGGUAAUGGCACAAGCUGAAUUUCUGCACCAGGCCCCUAUGCUUGCCCUACCUUGGUAAAAUGCCUCUGUGAGCCUUCCCCUCGUGUUUUGGGAAGAAGAGCUGUGCUUAAGGAUGGACACUAUUUCCCAGGCCUUCAAACAAACUGUAAAUUUCACAGUAAUGAUAUGCUCCAUGCUUUCUCUGAAGGAGUGCCAGUUUGUCCACAAACAAUGAAGACUGCUUGCCAACAUGCGGGGCAUUGUUUAUGCAACUUAUCAGCAUACCCAAAAGGAAGCAAUUUUCCAUCUAUCUUUGGCUCGCUACCAUCGUUUUGCUAGCAAAACCUUAUGUUCCUCACAUGCAACAUUUGCAAUGCCUUUUUAGUUAUUUUGGUUUACAAAAGCACCACAUAACCUUAGUUUUGCACUGCUAGCAAAACUAGCAGUAUGUUCUUCUGCUUUGUGGUGCCUGAACUUAUGCUGCAAAAUCAUUAAAAAGCAACACCAUAGAGA